GUUCGCCGUUAUUUGAUCCCCAUUCUAGCAGUCUCUCUCUCUCUCUCUCUCUCUCUGUGUUACAAUGUCGACGGCCAUGGGUGCUUCACCACCCAAAACCCUAGACGAAACCCAAGCCUCCACUUCUUCAACCUCACCAACGAACGCCCCCAUGCGCCCACCUCCUCCCAAAGCCUCAACCGCUAAUACUCCCGAACCUUCCGAGACCACUCAAGAAACCGUGGAGAAUUUACCUGAGACCGAGCAUGGCGGUGCGGAAACUACGUCGGAGCCAUCUCCAUCUCAUCGAAGCGCUAAUGGUGAUGCGCCACCGUACACGAUUCCUCCCUGGAGCGGAGCUCCAUGCCACGAAUUCUACCUUGAGGUUCUCAAGGGCGGUUCUAUAAUCGAUCAACUCCACGUGCAUGAAAAGGGGGCUUACAUGUUUGGACGUGUGGAUCUCUGUGAUUUUUUGCUUGAGCACCCCACCAUUUCUCGCUUUCAUGCCGUUCUCCAGUUCAAAAGAAGUGGUGAGGCCUAUCUUUAUGAUCUUGGCAGUACGCAUGGUACUUCCAUUAACAAGAGUCAGGUUAAGAAAAAGGUUUACGUGGACUUACAUGUUGGUGAUGUCAUUCGGUUUGGCCAAUCAUCUCGCUUAUACAUUUUCCAAGGACCAUCCGAGUUGAUGCUGCCGGAGACUGACCUGAAAAUUAUUAGAGAUGCAAAGAUUCGAGAAAAGAUGCUAGAUCAGGAAGCUUCACUUCAGCGAGCAAGACAGGAAGCAUCUCUUGCUGAUGGUGUCUCAUGGGGUAUGGGAGAGGAUGCAAUUGAAGAAGCUGAGGAUGAUGCUGAUGAAGUAACUUGGCAGACAUACAAAGGACAGCUUACGGAGAAGCAGGAAAAAACCCGUGAUAAAGUAUUAAAAAGAACCGAAAAGAUUGCUCACAUGAAAAAAGAAAUAGACGCUAUUCGUGCUAAAGACAUUGCUCAAGGCGGUUUGACACAAGGGCAGCAGACUCAGAUUGCUCGGAAUGAGCAAAGAAUUACACAGAUUGUGGAAGAACUUGAGAGCUUGGAAGAGACACUGAAUGAUAGUAUCCGAGAAAGUAUAGGUGCACGUUAUGGAACGAUAACUCGUGGUAAGAAGAACGGAGCAACAGAAGAAAAUGAAGAAUAUAUAAGUGAUGAUGAUGAAUUUUAUGACCGGACAAAGAAGAAGCCCUCUAGUCAAAAAGCGGGUCAGAGCCAAUCUAUUGAAACUGCUGAUACUCUUCUUGAUAAGAAAGAUGCCAUAAUGAAGAAAAUGGAAGAGAAGAAAGAGUUUCUUUCAAUCGAGAAGAACAAAAUUGCGUCAGAAACUGCAGUUGAAACUGAAGUCGGAGAUGUACUUGAUGCUUUCAUGUCAGGGCUUUCAUCUCAGCUAGUGCUUGAUAAAACUAUGCAACUUGAGAAGGAAUUAUCAACUCUCCAGUCUGAAAUGGAUAGGAUAUGCUACUUGUUGAAGAUUGCUGAUCCAACUGGAGAAGCUGCUAGGAAAAGGGAUUUGAAAGCACAAGAACAAAAGGCUAACAAAUCAGAAACACCCACUGUUACUAUUAAGAAGCAACUUCCUAUGGCACCAAAAGAAAACAGUGGACCUGAGAAACAGGUGAACGGCUCCAUGCUGAAAGAGGGAAGUACAGAUGCAACUAUGGAAUCAAGCAAGAAGCCAGAAGCUGUCAAGAUUGUCAGUGAUACAACUGAAGGCAAAACUGCUGUAUAUACUGCUGUGAAGCCCCAGUGGCUUGGGGCUGUAGAGGACAGAAAGAUAGAAGAGACCCAACAAGUAGCACCACUGGAUCUGCAUGAGCCUGAUCAUUUUGUUGACUAUAAAGACAGGAAGCAAAUUUUGGGUAGUGGGGAUAAAACACAGACAGAGGUGGGCUCUGGGAUUGAAAGUGCUGCACCGGGUUUGAUUAUAAGGAAGCGGAAGCAAGUUGAGAAACCUGAAGGUGAUGACAAGAAUGCUUCUCAACUGCGGACGUCUUCCUCCUCAGGAGCUGUGAUGGCAGAGGAUGCUGUGGCAUUGCUUUUAAAACAUAAAAAAGGGUAUUGUGCACCAGAGGAUGAGGAAAUGCAUGAAAGCCAAGACAUUCCGGGGGGUAACCAAUCUAGCAAGGAUGACAAAAAGCCUAAGAGGGUGCUUGGUCCUGAGAAGCCCUCAUUUCUCAACAGUAAUCCUGAUUAUGAAUCGUGGGUGCCCCCUGAAGGACAAACAGGUGACGGGCGGACCUCAUUAAAUGAACGAUUUGGUUACUGAGUUUCACAAGUGUUGUGGUUUCCAUUUUCCAAGUUGUGUGUUUACUACCGUGGGUAGCUUGGGUUAUAAUUAUUAUGUCACUAACCAAGCUAAAGUUAAGGGCAUGCCUUAAAAUUAUGUGCUUUUGGUGGCACUCAUCAUGGAAAUGGUCUGUCGCACUUGCCUGGCCUUGAAUAACCAAGUUCAUGUUGGAGGCAUAUGAUUAAAAUGUGUAUUGUAGGAGACAUUCAGAGCAAACAUGUAAUAGAGAAACGUGUAACUGAGUCAUUAGUUGUUAAUACUUGGUAAAAAAUGGACUAACAAAGCGACUUGAAAUGAAUUUUGGAAGAGGCAACUUCAUGAAAUUA